AUGGCAAACUCUGCCCCGAGGGGGUCCAUUGCCGACUCAUCAUCAAGCCGAAGUCAAGAUAACCUCUCCUCUGGGUCCAGAUCCGCAAGUUCUCAGUCGCUCUCGAAUCAUUCAGGCACCACAACACCUACCGCGUCCAUCCUCCCGUCAAACUCGGCGUCCUCAGGCGACACUCGGUCAAAGGAUGCAACUGUUCCAGCAGCCUGUCUAGCAUGCUGUCAAGACCACACCACCUGGGAACCCUUUGCAUGGGCACCAAUGUGGCUAGUCUUUGCCUGUUACUCUGCUCCUACGGAAUCGUUGAACUGUAAUCCCUGUGCAAGAUGCGUGGGUUCCGGAUCCGACUGCAUCUAUGUGGCUUCUCGUCGGGGUUAUAAGGGACCGCGCAAGAACCAACCACAAAACACGAAUAGAUCCCAAGUCACAUCCCCUCCUCCGGCGUCAAUUUCGAGUUCUGGUGAUGGACCAAACACUCCCAUGCUAAUGGACCCUGGUUCUGCCGUCAGCGACGCGUUAUCCACCCAAAGACAGUCUUUCAGCGGCGCUGCCGGUGUCCCUUACGCAACGGGCGCAUACCCUUUUGAUAACCUGCCACCAACAAACGCCGAUCUUCAGCUCUACCGGUCCUACUUUCCGGACAACCCUGCCAGUGUCUCCCCUACAAAACAACCAGUUCCUCCAAACUUGCAGACCUUUCCGCUCGCGGAUCGUUGCCUCGACGCCUUCUUCUACCAUUUCCAUGCGUCACACCCGUUUGUAUUACCAAAACCAUACCUACUCGCCCUCAUAGGGGAGCCCUCGUUGGAGCCGUUGCUGGCAGCAGCCCGUUGGGUAGGCUCACUUUUCAUCGAUGCCGGAAACGCAAGGCAGUCCCUUUUCCACGAGGCUUAUCGGCUCGUCUACGAGCCCCAAAGACUAAAAGAUGGCUUCGUGGUCCAAGCAAUGGUGCUGUUGAUUGUGGCCCUCGAUGGUAACUGCGAGAAUGACAAGGCGAGGGAGAUUCUCAGAGACGCCGAGACUCUUGCCCUGCAGAUUGGCUUAAAUACCGGGGCCUUUGCGACCCUUCAUGGUAGAAGUCUUCCCGUGAUGGAAGAGAGCUGGCGGAGAACCUGGUGGGAUCUCUUCAUCAUCGAUGGUAUAAUUGCUGGCGUUCACCACGCCACCAACUUUUUACUGUACGACGUUCCGGUAGAUGUUCCGCUCCCAUGUGAAGAGCUACAGUUCUUGUCUGGGUCAGUUUCGUUGCCUCAAAAUGAUGAUGCUAAUGUUGAGCAGAACAUUCCGAACCCUGUAACACUGCAAGAGUUAGAAAACAGCGACUUUUCUGGUGUUGACAGACACUUUUCUUCCUUUGCCUAUCGAAUACUUUGCGGCCGCAACUUGGGACGCUUUAUGCGAACGCCUCCAUUACAAGGGCCUGACGACGAGAACAUUUCAAGGAUCGAGGCGCUCCUCACCAACUGGCGACUACACCUCCCUCAGAACAAAAAGGAUUCGCUGCAGAAGAAUGGCAUGUUAGAUGAGAUGAUGUUUCAAGCGCAUAUGAUUAUGCAUGCGACCUCUAUAAUGCUGCACCAGCCAUUCUCUCAGCUCGACACGACGCUGACGCAAGGUAUCACUUCGGGUGCUCCAUACCAGCCAGUUGCGACAAGAGAGAUGUUCAACACGCAUACGAAGCACACAGUCACUUCGGCAUGCGCGAUUAGCGAGAUGAUUACGCAUAGAGUGCCGCUCCUUUCACAUACACAAUUCUUUACUUGCGUGGUCACUCUGUCAUCGAUAGUCCAUUUGAGCAAAUGGGCAGUCUUCUUUGUACCACACGAUGAUGAUGAUUUACGCCAGCAAAUACGACUGAAUAUCGGGGCUCUGAACCACCUUUCCACUGUCUGGACAGCGGCGAACCGAGCUCGAAACCAAGUCCGAGCGGUUGCUCGAGAUAUCUACCAGCUAAAGAAACAACAGCAAAGCAACCCUCAAUAUUGGAUCGGAUACUCGCAGCAAGAUAUGCUCAACAGCAUGGCUGCAGAUGAAAAUAUCAUUACCGAAGUCGAAAACGCAGAAGGGUUACAGCACUCUCAGCAUGGAAUGAGUCGUGGCAUGCAAUGA